AUGCCAGCCCCAACACAACCAUACAAAGUUGCCGAUAUUUCAUUGGCUGCCUUUGGCCGUAAGGACAUUGAGCUGUCCGAGAAUGAGAUGCCAGGUUUGAUGUACAUCAGAAAGAAGUAUGGUCCAGCCCAACCUUUGAAAGGUGCCAGAAUCUGCGGUUGUCUUCACAUGACUAUUCAGACUGCUGUUUUGAUCGAGACUUUGGUCGCACUUGGUGCAGAGGUUGCAUGGAGUUCAUGUAACAUUUACUCGACCCAGGACCACGCAGCUGCAGCAAUUGCCGCAUCGGGAGUCCCAGUCUUUGCCUGGAAGGGAGAGACCGAGGAUGAAUACAUCUGGUGUAUCAAGCAGGAGCUUUUCGCAUUCAAGGACAACAAGCCAUUCAACUUGAUCUUGGAUGACGGUGGAGACUUGACCAAAUACGUGCAUGAUCACCACCCAGACCUCCUCAAGAACUGCUACGGUUUGUCCGAGGAGACCACCACCGGUGUGCACAACUUGUACAAGAUGGUGAAGGACCACAAGUUGUUGGUUCCAGCCAUCAAUGUCAACGAUUCCGUCACCAAGUCGAAGUUCGACAACCUUUACGGAAUUAGAGAAUCGUUGAUCGACGGAAUUAAGCGUGCCACCGACGUUAUGAUCGCCGGUAAGACUGCUGUUGUGUGUGGUUACGGUGAUGUCGGUAAGGGAUGUGCUGCAGCAUACAGAGGUAUGGGUGCCAAGGUCAUUGUGACCGAGAUCGACCCUAUCAAUGCAUUACAGGCCGCUAUGGAGGGUUACCCUGUUGAGACCAUGGACGAGGUUGCAUCGGUCGGCCAAAUCUUUGUUACAACCACCGGAAACAAGGACAUUAUCACCGGCAAGCACUUCGAGCAGAUGAGAGAGGAUGCCAUUGUCUGCAACAUCGGCCACUUCGACGUCGAGAUCGACGUUGCUUGGUUGAAGAAGCACGCCAAGAGUGUUGUUAACAUCAAGCCACAGGUCGACAGAUACUUGCUGUCUUCUGGUAAGCACAUCAUCCUAUUGGCUGAUGGUAGAUUGGUCAACUUGGGAUGCGCCACUGGUCAUGCCUCGUUUGUCAUGUCCUGCUCUUUCUCCAACCAGGUUCUUGCCCAGAUCGCCUUGUUCAACACCAACAAUGCUCAGUUCAAGAGCCAGUUCCCAGAGUUCAAGGAGACUGGUCCAUUUGAGUCCGGAAAGGUCGAGAUCUUGCCAAAGAUUUUGGACGAGACCGUUGCCAGAUGCCAUCUUGAGCACUUGGACGUCCACUUGACCACUUUGAGUGACGACCAGUCCGAGUACUUGGGUGUGUCCAAGUCCGGUCCUUACAAGGCCGAAUACUACAGAUACUAA